GAUUAAUCUCUUUGUGGUUUCUUAGUUUUCCACCGCCAUUUGUAAAUGUGCCAGACAGUUCGAUUUCUUGGCUUUACGACGAAAUGGAUUCGCAAUGGAGAAAAUGGUUACCAAGUUCGGUUAGUAAUACGGUUCGACGCGGAGCUUUCUAUUCGGUUUUAGUUAGACCGGGAUUUCGUUUAAUUUCCCUCAACAUGAACUACUGCAACAAUAAAAACUGGUGGUUACUUUUGAACAGUACCGACCCGGCGACCGAACUUCAAUGGUUCAUUUACGAAUUACAAUCAGCCGAAUUUAACGGCGAAAGAGUUCACGUUAUCGGUCAUAUUCCACCUGGACAUUCUGAUUGCUUAAAAAUUUGGUCGCGAAAUUAUUAUGCUAUAAUUAAUAGAUACGAAUCAACGAUUGCAGCUCAAUUUUUUGGACACACACACUACGAUGAAUUUGAAGUUUUUUAUGAUCACGAUGAUUUUAGUAGAGCAAUAAAUGUUGCUUAUAUUGGACCAUCCGUUUCUCCAUAUUACGAUUUAAAUCCUGGAUAUAGAAUUUAUUACAUUGAUGGUGAUCAUGAUAAAACAACUAGAACUGUUGUUGAUCAUGAAUCGUGGACGAUGAAUUUACGCGAAGCGAACGUUUAUGGUUAUCCAAUAUGGUUUAAAUUGUAUUCGGCUAAACAAGCUUUUGGAAUGGACGCUUUGAGGCCGAUCGAUUGGGAUGAAAUGGUUGAAAAGAUGUCGAAUGAACCGGAAUUAUUUGAAUUAUUUUAUAAAUAUUAUUACAAAGCAAGUCCGGUGAGGCCAAUUUGUGACUUGGAAUGCAAGAAGAGAAUUUUAUGCGAUUUGCGAUCUGGUAGAUCACAUGAUAGAAAAAAUUUGUGCCAAACUUUAGAAUCUAGGAUUGAUACUUCCACUACUGUUUCCUGGAGGGAAUGGUUUUAUAAUACUAUUUCAGUUUCUGAGGUUUAGGAAUAAAUAUUUGUACAGUCUUCUCCCGUUAUUUUCUUAUUGGAAUGGAUGUCUGUGUUAUGGUCUAUUCCAAGGCUAACAAUUCAACUUCCAAAAUAUGUUUUAAGAUUCGGAUAAAUUAACUAUUAAGAUAUAAAAUAAAUUUUAAGAACAUAAAAGAAUCAAAAGCAAUAUGUAUAUAGUUAUAGUUUAAUUUCAAAAAUGGUAAUUUCUUCGAACAAACUUGUCGUUAAAUAACUUUCUUAUUGUAUUUAUUUUGAUAUUGUUAUUAUCUACAUGGAAGGCUGUGUUAAUUCUACUAAUACAUUACAACUAUUACAUUUUUUGGUAAAUGUAACAUUCUUUUUCUAUGUAGAAAUGUUCUAUUUAAUACAUUUUUUGUAACAUAUAGUGUUACAUUAAACAUUUAUAAAAUAAACAAAUUUAUUUAUUCAC